AAUAAGGACCUUGUUUUUGUCCUUUUUAAAGCUUUGUUUGGUUAUGGUUGGUCGACACGCAUCUGCCGUCCAUGCUCAAUUACUCUGUUGGUCGCAGAAUCACUCGUAGCAAAAUGUAUUGAUAAAGCUGGCAAAGUUCUCCGUCUAUAGCUAGAGCUUUCUCCAUACUCCUCGAGACAACCAGAGCUCCAUUUAGCAAAUAUAUGGAGGGUGAAAAGGAAGUAAAGGCAUCAGCUCCAAGACAUUCAUGGCCUGAGGUAGUAGGGCUUACCACAGAAGAGGCCGAGAAGAGGAUCAGACAGGAUAAGCCGGAUGCUCGAUUCCAAGUGGUUCCACCUGAUCACUUUGUGACGAUGGAUUACGAUACUGGCCGCGUUCGUAUCUUCAUAGACUCUUCCGGCAAGGUCGCAAAGACUCCCUUGGUUGGUUAGACGAAUGAGAUGCUGUGAUGGACAGACAGCAUCUAUGUUCGAGCAAUAAUUAUUAUAUAUAUAAAGAAAGAAAUCCACUAGUAGAUGGGUUCUAUUGUCACUAGGAUCAUUCCUCAAUUGUAUGUUUGCUGACUCGAUGUGCAGUAAACUUUGUAUGUUUAUGUUUGUGCUUGCAUUCUCUU